AUUUCCAUGAUUGUAUGAAUCUAUUUGUGGCUUCCUUGGUGAAUAGGGGUUAACGGGAGCUUCACUGACUCAGCUCAGGAUAUUAUCAACUCGCCGCGUACCGGUAUACAGCGAUGAACAUAAACCAUGUGCAAUAGCGGUAACUAAACCCAUUUUGAAUGGGUUGCGCUAGCUCAGUUCCAGGUCCCGACCUAGUCAAUGACGAGGCGACAUCGAAGCCCUCUCCGCGGGCCUCGCGAACGUCACGGAGCAACCAGUCCAGCUGGAGCGAAAGCACCGGAAAGAAGCAACGAAAAGUUCUGGAUGAUACUGAAAGCACAAGCACCGCGCCGGCGGAAGCACCCACCUCAGUAAUCCCCAUCGGGCCUGCACCACCGGGUGAUGGCCGCAACUUGGUGCUUAUCGCCUGGGACAUUGAAAAUGUCCGGCUGCCUCUCAACACAGCACCUGGGCUCUCACCUCGGCAUAUCGUCCGGUACCUCAAGAAGCACUUCAUCUACACCCCUGGUCGUACGGAAUACCGUACCGUUGCGGCGGUUACGGAGCGCAGCCUCAACCGUAUCCGCCGUGACCACCCUGCUUUCGUGGAGCAUGUGGUCCCAGAUCUGACAUUGCUCAUGGCGAGUGCCGUACACGCCAAACGCAACGCGGACGUCAUGUUGAAGAAGGAGCUGCACCACUUCACAACGGAGCACGCGCACCUGGCUCGCGCCCACCCGGGCCAGCUCACCAUCGUGCUCAUCAGCGGGGACGAGGACUUCCUGGAACCCGUGCAGGGCGCCCUCCAGGCUGGCUUCAAUGUGGAGCUGCUGACCCACGACACGGCCUCGGGAGCCCUCAUGGCGCAGGGCUACAGCCGGCCCCCGGGGCUCUGGUCGGCCUUCCUGCGCGGCUGCAGCGGCGUGCAACAGCUGGUGUUGCCGUACGGGGAUGAGCAGAUGCACAGUGUGCUCGGUCCACGCAGCCUGGUCCUGGCGGGCUUCGGACACCGGAGGGGCGGCGAGCUGGCGCGAGCCAUAGCGGCGCGCAUGAUGCGAGCUGCGGCAGCAGCGACGGCAGCAGCCGCGCAUGCCGCCAUGAACGGAGGCGGGGGUGGCAGUGGCACUGCAGCAGCGGUGACUGCAGUCUCUGGCGGCGGCGGUGGCGGUGGCGGCAGUAGUAUGAGCCCUCGUGGUGUUACCGGUAACACCACCAACAGCAGCAGCUUUAGCAGCGGGGAGGCGGAGCUGGUGCUGGUGGAGCCGUCCUUCGGGGACUUCUCGGGUACUUGCUGCGUGGUGGCAGCGCCGCCGCCGGGGCUGGAUGCGGCGGCGCUGGCGGCGGGGCUGCGGCAGCAGGCGGCGGCGGCGGCGGGGCCGGAGCCGCGGCUGUUGGUGUUUGAGGCGCGGCGGGUGCUGCGGCUGACGCUGCAGGCGGAUGAUGCCUGGGUACCGGCUAGCGGCGGCGGCGGCGGCGGCUCAAUCGUACGGCAUCCCAACGCCUCCGGCGACGACGCCGCCGCUGUCGCCGCUGACGGCGUCGCUGCCGCCGACGCCGACGUCGAGCCCGCUGCGGACGCCGCCGCUGACGCCAGGGCGCCGACGUCGUUCAGUGCCGCCACGUCGGGUCGCAGUCUUCAUGACCGCAUGCUGGACGCAUGUGAGCGGCUAGCGGCGCUGCUCCGGAUCUACCGCCUGCCGCUGCCGCCUGGUGCCGCAGCUGUAGGAGGUGGCGGCGGCGGUGGCGGCUCCCCCCAUCAGCAGCACCACCAGCAUCACCCGCAUGCGUACCCGUCAGCGCAGGGCGUCUCACGGCAGCUGCAUGUGCUGUGUCGCUUCUCCCGCGCUCCGGGGCCCGGGGAGCUGACGUGUACGGUUUUGUGCGCUGCUGCCGCGGCGGCGGAGGCGGCAGACCUGUUGCAUGCGCUGUCGCACCUGCGGGGCUUGGCUUCGGAGCUGAUGCGGCAUCACGGCGUGGCGCUGCAUGCGGAAUGCAUGUUUGCUGCUGCUGCUGCGGCGGCGGCUGCUACCGUAGCAGCUUCAACAGCAGUGCCGUCGCCGGGAGCAACGCUUGUACUGGCGCCGGCGGGACCGGUGGAGGAGGCUGAGGGUGCAGAGGGCCCGGCGGUACCUGCGGCAGUGGCGGGAAUAUUACCUCCGCCGCCACCGCCGCCGCGUCGGCGUUUACCCGCGCUUUCCUUCCAGCCAACCACUUACCGACAAGCGGUGGCUCCGCAGCAGCAGCAACAACAUGUGGCUGUAGCGAAAGCUGACUCGGCAGUUGGUGCAGAAACAGCAGCGACAGCACACGGGGAAGGGUUACAGGGGACGCAACAGUGCCAGCCGCAGCAGCAGCCACUGCCUCAACAACCCCAGCACGCGAAUGGUCACGGCUUAGCAACCCACGAGUCUUCCCCGGCUGCUCCCAUUCCGAUGGUAGCUGUUGGUGGCAGCGGUGCGCCGCCUGUUGCAGAUGGCUUGAGCAGCAGUGACGAGGGCGAGGCAGGGGCAGACGGCAAAAAGAAGAAAAAGAAGAAGAAAAAGAGAAAGAAGAAAAAGAAGCACAAAAAGAACUCGGUCGUGCCGGCACCGUAGGUUGGACGGUGCUGUCACAACUGCUGGUGCUUCUAAUGAGGCGGCCGCGAGAAGAUGGAGGAGCAGGGGAGGCAAAUCUACGCGGGCGGUUGAUGGUACGGCUGGAGGCUGUAAGAGGUUGAAGAGCAACGGC